UUGUUUAUUUUUUGCCACCCACGUAGUUAACAGAAUGUGAUUUUUUUCUUGGAAAAAAUAGCAUCUUUGACGGGAUGGUAAAGCUCAGGUAGAAAACCUGCUAUAUUCAUUCUUCAGGUCCUUGCACUUCAUAUGUGUGCUUCAAAAUCGCAUCAAGGCCAAGUACGCUGCUAAACAACGGAUGGGCACUAUGGGCAGCACGGAAGCGUCAUGUGAGUUCCAUUCAACUGAAAAUCCCUAUUGUCACCCUCGGUUUCUUGUUCUCACCAAAUAAUGAAAACUAUAUAAUAGAUGCGAGGCGAAUUUUAGUAAAUAUGUCGAUUUUCGCUGGAAGUGCUGGUGGGUUGAAAAAUUGCUUAGGCUCAUUGUCAGGUGUACUGGCCGCAUCUCUGGGGGAGACCAGAGAAUAAGAAAAAGUGGGCAGGCGGCUUUCAGGCUGGCGGAGGGGAGUUGGACGGAGUAGACAGCGUGGCACCUUCAUCGGCCACACUUUAUUCCUGCACCUAGAGGUGAAACAACUACCGCAGCAGACGCGCAGCAUCUUUACCUAAUAAAGCUUCAUCAUGGGUAACUUCAUAAUGACACUGCUGGCUACACUGAUGCUGUGCCUGCUGAUGGUGCCUGCAGAGGACAUCGGCACUCAACUCCCAAACAAGUCGCCGCACGAGCUGCUGCAUGACGACGCGGAUGACUCCAUGAAUACAGGCUCUGUGUACAUGCCGGCAAAAUUUUGGAUGCAGGCGCAGGUGCAAAACCAGGAGAUGAAUAGGGAGCCCAACAAGGUGCAACGAGACCCGUACCGGCUGAUGAAGCUAAUGCUGGAUGGAAACCAUUGGGACAGCCAACGCAUGCGACUUGGCAAAUCAGAAAAAUCUUUAUUAGAAAAACGCAACAUCACCGUUGACCGUGCGACAUCGAAGAGCAUCACGCGCGAUUCAUCUCGCCUCUUGUUCCGGGAAGCGCGGCAGUUCAAGAAACCGAGAGGCUGGAACAACGCGAUGUGUGAGAAGGCGACCACGUUGCUCUUCAACCUGGGCUCCUGUCCCAUCAAGAAGAAAUGGGUGACCCUGAGCAGAAUUUUCUGGCCACGCCACGUGCAGAUGGUCGAGUGCGCCGGGGCGAAAAAGUCCAACCUCCAGCGACAUCAGCAGGUCAAGCCGGCAUCGUGCGGCUGGCCUGUGGGACUCCUCACCUGCAAUGUGGUGACGGAAAACGUGGACAUCUACAAGUGGCACUGCACGAAGAAGAGAAUCGUACAAGAGUCAUACGAUAUAUGGUGGGAGAACCCAACAAAGACGGAAAAUAGCACGGAGCCUUACUGCUCGUGGUUGUCGAUUCCCUUAACCAUCAGUGUCGACUGCAAAUGCUCCCUGCCCAAGAAUGAAGAAUGAUUACGACAAGACUGAAGUUAGAUUAAAACUUGAUCUUUUCGCGUGUUACGUGGACUUUUAAACCUAGACUAUGAUUUAGCAAUAUGUAUGGUCACGUUCAUUCCGCAGAAAAGGUUUUUUGCGAUUCAUCAUCCUAGUAACAUUUCCCUUUUUUGCUAAUCGCAAGUGCAAUAAUUUAUAAUGAUAGAUUUUCCACGCAAAUCCAUCUGGAAUCCGAAGAGUUUUUUUUAAUAAUGUUAGGCUGCAAACGCUGAUGAUCCUAGCUGACAAUAAAUUGUAAAAUAGUUU